AUGGACUUCCUCAAGCCACCGGAACCGCUGCGCAUGUCAGGAGACGCAGACAAGAACUGGAAGCUGUUCAACCAAAGGUUUGAACUUUUCGUCACCGCAUCAGACCCACCAGAAAAACUUCGAUCGGCGAAGACGAAGGUAGCUUUACUCCUGAGUAUCGCCGGUGAAGAAGCGCUCGAAGUUUUCAACACCUUCACGUUCGCCGACAGCGAGAGCAGAGAAGGCUACGCAACGGUUGUGGCGAAGUUCGAGCCAUACUGCGCCACCCAUUACAGCGAAGUACACGAGCGCUACGUCUUUCGGAACAUGAGUCAAGCCCCAGGUGAGCACCUGGAACACUUCCUGCGAGACUUGCUAAAACAGGCUCGUGAGUGCAACUUUGGCGCACUAACAGAUUCCAUGAUCCGGGAUCAGCUCGUUUUUGGAAUAGGCGAUGAUAAAACCCGUGAAAAGCUGCUCAGUGACAACAAUUCGACCUUAGAUAAGGUAGAGCAAGUUUGCAAGGCAGCCGAGGCAACAGCAGCUCACCGAGGCGUGUGGGACAGCCAGCAAAAGCAUGCGCAAGUUCAAAGCAUCAAAGUCACGCUGAAGAUUGACACAGGAUCACAGGCGAAUUUACUGCCCUUCGGAGUGUUCCGCAGGAUGCAUCCGAGGCCAGCACUGAAGCCCAGCUGUGGCGUGCUUCGCUCAUACGGCGGCGGUGUAAUCAAACAUGCAGGGAUGACGCGACUGGAAGUGACGCUGGAUGACCACACCGCUGCACUCGACUUCUUCGUGGUACACAAGGGUCAGGCCAUCUUAGGCUUGAGGGCGAGCGAGCAACUUGGAUUGAUCCCGCACGUACACGCCGCGUCUCGUACAAGCUCUGAAGAAAUCGUCGAUGAAUUUCGCCACUUGUUCACCGGUACGGGCUGUGUCAAACGCGUCUACAAUAUGGUCCUCAACAAGGGAACGGUGCCGGUGGUUCAACCAACUCGGCGCGUACCCCUGACUCUCCAGAAGCCCCUCAAAGAAGAACUCGAGUGCAUGGAACGGGGCCACAUCAUCACAAAAGUCGACAAACCAACGGACUGGGAGAUAGAGUAUCUCGGUGCCGUCAUCAGCAAGGAUGGCAUCAGGCCGAGCCCCUCCUUGAUAAAAUGUAUGCUCCAGACGCCUGCGCCGGAGGACAAAUCGGCCGUCCAAAGAAUGCUCGGAGUCGCCAAUUAUUUCGGCAAAUACCUCCCAUCACUAGCCGAAAGGACUAGCCUCUUGCGAAGCCUGCUGAAGCGAGAUACAAUGUUUGAAUGGAGUGCCAACCACGCGCUCGAGUGGGAGCAACUUUGCGCUGACCUCAGCAGGUAG